GUUAUUUCCAUAUGCAAAUGGGCAUUUCGCAAACUUGCAUGGUCAUUGGUUGACCAUCUUCUGGUUCGAUCUCAGCAAUUGAACGAUUUCCCAACCAGAAAUAGAUCCCUUUCUUUAGGAUCGCUUCCACAA